GUUCGAUGCCCGAAGACACUGCGAUGAGGGUUGUGAUCCAGAGUACAGGGUUACCCGUUGGGUUCAGGCGCAAUGAGGUUGACUUGCUGUACGAUCGAUACGUUGCCUACUCAAAGUUCUCCGCGCUGUAGGGAACUCGUACGACAGAUCAAGCGGAAGACUUGAUACGCAAAUGCAGUAAGGUCGUACAAGGAUCCGUUUCGGGGUAAACAUUUGCGAACAAUCAUGCAAAGCUAGCUCUCUAACUUCGUGCGUGAUUUAGACAACACCCUUGCCCCUACUGACAGCCCAAGAAAUUCGUACGUAUCUAAGCGUCAAUCUCCUGUAGAAAUUGCAGCCAAAGAUUCUGGUUGUGUCAAGUGUUGACAUUGACGGGCGUGGACCCGAGUAAGUGGGCACAUUGCCUCCCUCAUGGCCACUGCAGUGUCUGAGGGUGGUCAACACAGGCCAAUAGGUGGAGAUAAGCAGCAACAGCAGCCAGCAAAGCAGCAGAAGUCCAGGAGGAGUGAGGCUGGAAAGCCACUUGGCAACUACCUUGCAGGCAUCAAGCACUAUGUGCAGACGGGAUGCUUGGGGCAUGGUACAUUCGGUAUCGUCAUCAAAGCACUGGACCUGCGAAGUGACCCGCCAACAGAAGUGGCCAUCAAGCUUCUGCCUCGAGGAGACUUUGUGAAGAACUACCAGCUGUAUGUGCGGCGGGAGAUCCAGAACCAAAGCAGCCUCAGGCACCCGCUCAUUGUCUCGCUGCGAGAGGUGUUCCUGACACCCACGCACCUGGCGAUAGCAAUGGAGUAUGCGCAGGGGGGGGACCUGUUCAACUAUACUCUGGGCCACCGCCCCCACGGGAGGCUGGCCGAGCAGCAGGCUCGGUGGAUCUUCCAGCAGCUCAUCAUCGGUCUCGAUUACUCCCACCGCAGGGGUGUCGCCAACCGAGACUUGAAGUUGGAGAAUCUACUCCUUGACAGGGAUGGCCGGGACGGGACGCGGCCGCUGCUGAAGAUCUGCGAUUUCGGCUAUUCGAAGCACGAGAUGAAUUCCAGCGCCAAAACAGGCGUGGGCACACCAGUCUACAUGGCGCCUGAGGUCAUCCUGGGCGAUUCCAAAUAUGACGCCAAGAAAGCGGACAUCUGGAGCUGUGGAGUCAUCCUGUACGCUAUGCUGUACGGAAAAUACCCCUUCGAUGCCAAGGAGGCUCGUUUCGCGCGCAAGAUAGUCACCGCUGACUACAAGCUCCUCCCGGAGGUGGAAGUGAGCACGGACUGCCUGGACAUUCUGACACGAGUGCUGGUGGCCAGCCCCGGAGACCGAAUGUCCAUGGACGAGAUCAAAACACACGCCUGGUUCCUCAAGGGGCUGCCACCUGGUGCACUGGAGAUGAAUGACUUCCUGCUGCAGGGGCUGGCCAACCAGGAAGAGUACCACACAAAGAUUGACGCCAUCGUAGACCAGGCCCAGCACCCAGGAAGCUCCGCGGAAGGCGCCUGGUUCUGCACGCUCUGAGCUCGAGCCCUUGACCUCCCGCGGCAUAGAGAAUGCACCAAAUAUAACCGGCUCUGCAGACUGCAUGCGGCAAUCGAGAGCCGUGCUUCUGAAAUCUGGGCCAAAUGGAAGGGCAGCGACAGAUGUGGGCAUGAAGGAAAGCAUUUGUCACCGUGACAGCUGGCAAGGGUGCGGUGUUUGAUAUCGACCAGCACAUUCCUAUGCCUUGGGGACAUCACCUUAUGGCAGCCUUGCUUCUGGCUGGCCUCAACGAAUGGGAUGAAAAAUAUAUGAGUAACUCCUAGGAGGCCAGGUAAAACAGCUAUUGUACGGGUAAUACAAUCAUUCAAACGCUCCCUUGCAAGGGAAGCAUACAACGCAGUGGUGUUUCUGUCAUCUGAUCAUCACUGCACUCUGUUUCUCCCUGCGCCUUAGCAGCCGGUGUGUGUUUUGAAUUGAUGGAAAAGGGCGUGUUGGGUUUGGAAGCUUGCUUUUCAGGAUGCAUGACAAUAUUGAGAUUUGUGUAAGUUUGCUGUACUGCACUGAGAGAAGGAGCGCUGCCGUGAUGAUGGUAGUUCGAUAAGUGGGAUUUAGUACAAUGCUUCCGUGAAGUCGGAAGCGUGUGCUAGAUUGGGUUGUCAUUGCAAUGCGCAAAGACGGUAUGAGCGAGUGCUGAGCAGCUUCUGAAAAUCUGCUCCGUAUCCACUGAUGGAAAUCCUGACUGCUUAUCUCAAGGAUCUUAGCAUUGUUCUAAGAAUGUGUGGCUCAAAUUCGUGAUCAGCAGCUGGCGUCCUUGCCAAGUGCGUGCCAUUGUAGGUUGGAGUGUUGCAGACAGCUGCAGUCUAUCAUAAGGUUGAGCAGCUUUGAACCUUCUUUGUUUUUGUGCUCGUUGAACAUUUCUUUAAGCAGAUAGCUUUUGCUCUUUCAUGUAAGCAUGUGUAAUGAAGUUAAAGUUGC